CCUGACCGGAUACAGUUUCCGGUGCAGCCUCAGCACCAGCCCGUCCUCCUCCAGCUCGGACCUCCAGGUGUAGUGACUGAGAGCAGCAUCCCGGAUCAUGGACGACGUCCCUCCGAUCAUCAACAUCGCGGUGGCGCUUCGGAUCCAGCCGAACGACGGACCGGUUUUCUUCAAGGUGGACGGAACCCGGUUCGGCCAGAACCGAACCAUCAAGCUCCUGACGGGAUCCAAAUAUAAGAUCGAGGUGGUGGUGAAGCCUGGAACCGUCGAGUCCACCAACAUGAACAUCGGAGGAAUCGUCUUCCCUCUGGAGCAGCAGACCCGGGACGAGGACUCGGUGGUCUACCACGGCCUGUACGACACAGAGGGCGUCCCACAUACGAAGAGCGGAGACCGCCAACCGGUCCAAGUCAGCAUCGAGUUUAAAAAGGCGGGGACGUUCGAGACGGUCUGGCAGGCCAAGUACUACAACUACUACAAGAGGGAGCACUGCCAGUUCGGCAACAAGUUCAGCAACAUCGAGUACGAGUGCAAACCCAAUGAGACCCGGACCCUGAUGUGGAUCAACAAGGAGGUGUUCAACUGAGUUGGGACGCCUGACUGCUGAGCAGAGGACCACCAGGACCUCCGGUCAUGAAGGGGGCACUCAGAUCCUAAUGGUCUAGUUUUAUCAACACUGGGAGAAAAUCAGCUGUUUGUAAUUAUCUUUUUUUUUUGGUGGGGUAAUUUAAUCAAUACAUUUCCUUUAAGUAAAAACAUCAGAAGUUGUUUAGUUUCACUUCCUGUUUGUCGUCCAAUCAGAGGUCACACCAGCUUGUCUUUGGAUUGUGAGAUUUAAAGGAGCAGUCUUAAGACCCUGCAUGAUGAUUUGUUCUGGUGUAGCUGAAGACUAGGAAGAACCGGAACCAGAACCGGAUCAGAUUCAAAUAUUUUACUCCAGUAGCCAGACUGGACCUAAACAGGUCCGGAUCAAUAGUUCUUCAGUGUCUGAAGGUACCUGAACAUCUUCAAAGGAGUCUUUCUAACCCUGACCUUUGGAUCAUUCAGGCAGAAAAAGGCUCCUGACUCAGUGGGCGUGCCAGAGUCGAGUACAGACAACACAACAGCUAAAACUGGAUCUUCAUCUACAUUUUAAAUAAAGUUUUGACUGGAUUGGGACUUUGGAACAGAACCGUAUCCUCUGACUGGCCGACUUCAGGUUAUCGCAUUGGGCUUUCGUUUUGUUCUUCAAACACUCCAAUUGUUCUGAAGCACCUGGCGGAGGUCCGGAGCUCUGAAGUCUGUUUCAGCGGCGGCGGUUUGGGACUACUUUCAUCAGCGGACUUAUCUAUGGAGCCGUUAACGUCCGUUUUUCGUGCUUUUGAAUCACAGCCUGCUCUUCCUCUGUUCCUUUUGCCAAACUGGUUUUGUUUCAUGUGAGAAACGGCGCGGGUUGUUUGUGUGAAUAAAUCAGUGCUGAAGCAGC